UGCCAAGUUAAAAUUCUUUCUCACAAUUAGAAUCGGCCAUUUCAGUAAAGCCGGCUGUGAAGCAUAGAGCUGAAAUUAGUACUGUGUAGUUGUUUGCUUGUGUUACUGAGGCCCUGUAAUAUCAUGGCUGAUGCAGCUUUAUCUUUUGCAAAGGACUUUUUGGCAGGUGGUGUUGCAGCUGCAAUUUCCAAGACAGCAGUAGCUCCCAUAGAACGGGUGAAGCUUCUGUUGCAGGUACAGCAUGCAAGCAAGCAGAUCACAGCUGACAAGCAGUACAAAGGCAUCAUUGACUGCGUUGUCCGUAUACCUAAAGAGCAAGGGAUGCUUUCCUUCUGGCGUGGUAACCUGGCCAACGUGAUCAGAUACUUCCCCACUCAAGCCCUUAAUUUUGCUUUCAAGGACAAGUACAAACAAGUGUUCUUGGGUGGAGUCGACAAAAGAACACAGUUCUGGCGCUACUUUGCUGGUAACCUAGCUUCUGGGGGGGCUGCUGGUGCCACUUCUCUUUGUUUUGUCUACCCUCUUGACUUUGCCAGAACCCGACUUGCUGCAGAUGUGGGUAAAGCAAAUUCUACAAGAGAAUUUACUGGUUUAGGGGACUGUCUAGUCAAAAUCUUCAAAUCUGAUGGCUUAAGGGGACUUUACCAAGGUUUUAAUGUGUCUGUACAGGGUAUCAUAAUCUACCGAGCAGCAUAUUUUGGUAUUUAUGAUACUGCCAAAGGAAUGCUUCCUGAUCCCAGAAAUACCCACAUUAUUGUUAGCUGGAUGAUUGCUCAAACAGUAACUGCAGUAGCUGGUUUGGCCUCCUAUCCUUUUGAUACAGUCAGAAGACGUAUGAUGAUGCAGUCUGGGCGAAAAGGAGCUGACAUCAUGUACUCUGGUACUAUUGACUGCUGGAAGAAGAUCGCUCGCGAUGAGGGGUCCAAAGCUUUCUUUAAAGGAGCAUGGUCCAAUGUACUUCGAGGGAUGGGUGGUGCUUUUGUACUAGUCUUGUACGAUGAGUUCAAAAAAGUUAUCUGAACAGCAUUCUCCUGGAUGCCAGCAGCUCUGAACUGUUAUGUAACAUUUGUACAUUUCAUGGACCAUUGUCACAGCUGUGCAUUGUAUUUAUAGGGUGUAAGUAUUUUUGUGUGGGAAGCAAAAAUUAAGGACUAGAAUGCACGCAAAGUAUUUGCUCCCUGAAAUAAGUUUAACAUUCCCAUUGCAGUAACAAGAUUCUCUUGUUUUUUUCACAAGACCUCAUGUUCAUAUUUUUCCUUCAGCCGGUCAUUUUUAAGGGUAACUUAAAAAUAAACAACAAAAAAAAAGGAAACUGUGUGCGUUUCCCUUGCCUGCUCCAUAUGUCAAGCUGCUAUAUUUUUGUAAUUGGGAGUCUUAGAGUUGGGACUUGUCACCAUUGUGGCUAUGCACCAUUUCGAGGUUUGCAAGACUCUAAAUCUGCUUCAAUAGAGAUUAACACCUGUGGAAAUUUGAGUUCUAGGUGUUAAAUGAACAGUAAUCCAAUUUUUAAUGUGUACUUUGAAUAUGCGCCAUCAGAUAAUGAGCUUGCCUUAGCAGUGUGCCUCUCUAUUCUUGAAUACACAAAUAUGUUCUUUCUAGGUAUAAGUAUGUGCAAACACCUUUUUCACACGAGUCAUCCAUUCAGAGGGAGAGUGACCAGAAAAAAAUCUGCCUGCCUCAAUUGUUUUUGUUUUGGCUUUGCAGCUACUUGAGGGUGUAAGAGCUCAUUUUUCUUGUGCACUAAUUCCACUUUUUUAUGGUAGUUCAAAUGCUUGUUUUUAAUUUACACACUGACAUGAGAACUGUAGGUACACUUGCUGUCAAAUCCUCCAGUAAGGGAAUUUAUUGGCAAGAUGUAAAAAUCCUCAUUGUACUGAAGCUUUUUUUCCUUCCUGUUUAAUUGCAGUUUUGAGUGUCACUUGACCAAGUUUGUAUUUCUACAUAAUUCUGAAACUUCACAUUUCCUCACUGGUGAAUUAAAGCAAAUCAUGGUUGGGAUUUUUCAUAACU